AUGACGCAGUCCGGCAAGGCCACAGCCGGCGUGCUGCAGAUCCCAGCAACAGCCACACAGAAAUCCGGAGCCACGAAGAAGACUCCCAAACCACCUGCCCCGCGGCUCAAGCUACUCAUUCGUCGCCUGCCGCCAGGACUGACCCAGGUUGAGCUUGAAACCGCUCUAGGCGACGAAUGGAAGACAGGUGCGGGCAAGGUCGACUGGCUUCAAUAUAAGCCCGGCAAGGUUUCGAAGGACCCUGCCAAACCAUCCCGUCCCUCCAGAGCAUACAUCCAUCUCACCUCUAACGAACAUGUCACCCCACUCUCGGAUCGGGUGCGACAGACCUCAUUCCAGGAUGCCCGCCACACAUCCAACGAUCCGGUACUCCUGGGCCCGCCAUCCCUCGAGUUUGCGCCGUACGCAAAAACCCCCAGCCACAGAAUCCGCAAGGACGCCCGCCAGGGCACGAUCGAUCAAGAUCCAGAUUUCAUCGCCUUCCUCGAAAGCCUCACCCAACCGAUCGCCAAACCCGCCCCCGUGGACUCGAAUGAGAACGAGGAGAAGAAAGCAGCAAUCCUGACAACCCCUCUGGUUCAAUAUAUCAAGGACAAAAAGGCCAGCAAGGCCAAGGAAAGCGCAAGCUCGAAGUCCAAGCACGGUCGCGGAGAGAAAGAGACCAAGCAAGAAAAGGUUCAAGCAAAGAAGCUCCUCCAACGACCCGACAAGGAAGCCGCCGCAACUACAACAUCCGAGAAGAAGGGCAAGGGCGACAAGGCGGGCAAGGAAUCCAUCAAAGCGGCGAAGCAGGCUACAACUACGACGAAAUCAGGAAAAGCAAGUGCUGCAAGCACACCCAAGGAAUCUACAAAUGCCACAGGACCCGAACGAAAGCGAGAACGAGGCAAUGUCGCCGCAGCAGCUAAGAUCUUGCAGCGGGAUCUUGGACUCUCGUCUGCUCCUGGAACUGGGGGCCGACGGCGCGGAAAGGGUGGAUCGACCGAGGCUGGCACGCCGAAGAAUGAGAGCUCGCGCGAUUCGUCCGUGCCUGGACCUGGACCUGCUGCAGAGGGAAGCAAGAAGGAAACGAAUAAGUCAGGCAAAAACGCAGCCAAGGCCAAGGAUGCCGCAAAGGACGCCGCAAAGGACGCCGAAGCUUCGUCCCGAGCAUCGGAAGCCCAAUCCCCUCCCUCCACCGCGAAUGCCAAUACCAGUACCAACAAUGCGCCCGCGAAACAAGCCAAGGGCACCAAAGGAAAACCCGCCACCAACCCUACACCGAACGCAACACAGGCCUUCCUCAAACACGCCAAUCCGUCGCAGGGUGUGACGGAGCCGCUGUUGGAAGAGGCAUUCGGGGUCUUUGGAUCGGUGACGAGGGUGGAGAUUGAUAAGAAGAAGGGAUUCGGGUAUGUGGAUUUUGCGGAGCCGGAGGGACUACAGAAGGCGAUGGCUGCUAGUCCGGUGACGGUGGGACAGAGCCAGGUGGUCGUGCUCGAGCGCAAGGCGAACCCCGGGGGGAGAGAAGUCACGAAAGGGGCGAGAGGUGCUGCUGCUAGUGGAGGAGGAGGGAAUACAGGCUCGUCGCGCGGAUCGCGCGGUGGACGAGGCAAUCGCAACAAAGCAAAGGGCGAUGGCAAAGGGGAGGGCAAGCGAGACGCGAAAGGAGAGAAAGGAGCAGAGAAGAGCGUGAAGCCAAGCGAGUAA